AUGUCGCUCGAAGCUACCAUGAUCAUUGUCGACAACAGCGAAAGCAGUCGCAAUGGAGACUACACAUCAACCCGCUGGCAAGCCCAGGUCGAUGCUGUAAGCAUCAUUCACAGCGUCAAGAUGCGCGUACACCCACAGUCGGCGGUUGGCCUGAUGAGCAUGGGCGGCAAGGGUCCUGAGGUGCUAUCGACCUUUACGACGGACUUUGGCGGUAUCCUUGCUGGUCUCCAUCGCACCAAGAUUCACGGCACAUCGCACUUGAGCUCGAGUAUCCAGGUUGCUGGGUUGGCACUGAAGCACCGUUCCGAGAAAUCCCAACGCCAACGAAUCAUCGUAUUCUCCUGCUCCCCCAUUGAAGAAGAUGAGAAGACACUGGUCAAGCUGGCCAAGAAGAUGAAGAAGAAUAACGUCUCCAUCGACGUCAUUGCUUUCGGAGAUCUCGAGUCUGACCAGACCAAGAAACUGGAAGCUUUUGUGGAUAAUGUAUCGAGCGGCGAUGGCUCCUAUCUCGCUAUCAUCCCGCCGGGUCCUCAUCUCCUUAGUGAGGAGCUUCAGCAGACCCCGAUCUUGGCCGGCGAGAAUGCGGGUGCGGCGGGUGCGUCCGGUGGUGAGACAGGUGGCGACGCUGGUGGAUUCAACUUUGAGGAUGCGGCCGAGGAUGACCCCGAGCUCGCCUUUGCUCUCCGAUUGUCAUUGGAGGAGGAGAAGAACCGACAGGAGAAGGAGAAGCGGGACCUCGAGGAGGCAGAGGGCAAGACGGAAUUGGGUGGCAUCCCCGAAGAAGGACAUGGCGAGUCCAGCAAAGACAAGAAGGACGAUGACAAGAUGGAUACUGCGUAG